UCCCUUUUCAGAUUUCGAAUCGUCCGAAACACGACGCAGGUACUGGCAACACUGAUUCAUGCCUUUCUUUGAAAUAACACCGUUGAAAGUUGACCACAAAGUACGUAUUAUGCACUUAAAUGUUACCUAAUUACUGUCCAAUGGCCGUACUCAUAGACGUCAAAUAAAUUUAAUGUCAUUCGAAGCCAUUUGAUAUUCAAAUGUAAUAGCAAAGAAAGUGACAGCACUAUCUCUUAUUAAACUUAAUUGACAUUUGUGAGUACAGGACUGAUUUACUUAUACUUUUUGUAAACUUGUAAGCGUAAAGCUCAGGUCAAAUUGUCAAUUUGCCUUUUUGUAUGGCUAAAAGUACCUACAUAGUUUAAGUUAAAUCGAGAUUAAGCAAAUUUGCUGCAAGUGGACCUAAAAGUAAUAAAUGUUUAUUGAAAUAGGUACUUAAUUGUAAUAUCUACAGAAAAAAAAACACUACAAGCAUUGUUUCUCUGAAAACAAAGUAAAAAAACCGGCCAAAUUCGAGUCGAACUCGCGCACCGAGGGUUCCGUACAAACUCAAUAUAAUACCUCUACGCGUUCAUGAGAAAAGAGAACUUCAAAAUUUCCAAAAAUAUUUUUUAUUAUAUGAUGUAACUAAAAAUUUACGGUUUUCGCAAUUUUUCCUUUAUCUGUACUAUAAGACGUUACUUCGUACCAAAUUUCAAGAUUCUAAGUUCACGGGAAGUACCCUGUAGGUUUUGAUUCCCGUGCUAAUUUCUAAAAUUUGAGGCAUAAACGGCUGCAUCUUUUGAUUGCUUUAGAAGAUUUUUUCACAGCUCCAAGGGACAGUAGAAAUGAAUGAAUGAAUGAAAACCUUUUAGACAUGAGUAUUAGAUAUGAAUUUCAGUUUGAUACCUCCACGCGUUCCUGAGAAAAACGGUCUUGACAGACGGCGGACGGACAGACAUCAAAGUGAUCCUAUAAGGGUUCCGUUUUUUCCUUUUGAGGUACGGAACCCUUAAAACGCUAGUAAUUAGGUUUAUCUAUCGAAUUUUUUUAAAUUUAUCAUGCCCUACAUGCGACUAAGGCUGCAGUUAGACGACGGGAAAAAUUUUUUGCGGCCGCCGCACGGCGACCGCGCGGCGGCCGCGUAUAACUGUUCAGUCAUAGUAAAUUAAUGUUUUAUUAACUAGGAAAUUAACUUUGAAAUUCUUUGUGAGUAACUAACUGCACGGCGAUCGCACGGCGUCCGCUCCUCUAUCACACGGCAGCCGCGCUCGAAUCACUCGACUGUGAAUGUUUUAACAUCAAAUGUUUUGUGUGAUGUGAAUCCAAUGAUGUAUCAAAUGUUUAAACAUCCAUUCGGAAAUAAUCUGCGAAUUGUUUUUCUUCUUCUCGCAGUUGGUUGUAUAGCAUAUGAAAUUCACCAAACCCUUCUCGCCAUGCUAAAAUGGGAUGAAUCCAAAAUCUUCUACAUUUCUUCUUUUUUGCUUUGUCGGUACAAGUAAUAUGCAAUCAUAAUUUUUUUCUUCUUAGUCAAAUAAUUUUAAGAAAGGCCAAGAUCAACUGCAAAUGAAUCGAGUUAGCAGUGGCGGGGCUACCAGCCGGUGACCGCGCGGCCGCCACGCUGUGACAAUCCGUGUCAUAUAAACGCGCCCUAAUAAGUAGAUCAGACUUGAAACAGAUAAUAAAUUAGCUGACAUCAUGAUAUAUUUUGCAAGUAAAGAUAAGAAGUUGACAUAAUAUUCCAAGAAUACUUAUUUUUAAGACAAAAAUAAAUCUCAAACCGACAUUAAUCUUAUUUGUUUUAUUCACACAUUUCACAAUCAGUGCCCCUUACGCAAAGUCAUGAAUUUGUGCCCUUUCGGGGUUCGAAUCCUUUGGACACAAUAAUAUUAUCUAUACUACCGUGCUUUGGAGCCGCGUGUAGCGGAUGCGAAUACGGAUUUCAAAUUUCAGGAUAUUAUAAAGAUAUUCCAAUUUUAAGUUCAUAAAUAACAACAUUUUAUUAUAUUCAUUUUGGAAACAAAACAAAAACAGAUUUUUUUAGAUACGUGUCACUCUGACUCCGCCAACUUUCGUUAGAUGUAUUUACUUGUUGAUAUUGAUCCGUAUCCGUAAAAGCUUGGCAUUAAUUAAUGCGGAUUAAAAUGUCAGAAUUAAUGCGAAUAUUCUGCAUUUGCGGAUGCGUAUAUCCGUAUCCGUAACACACUUGCAUUGGAGCAAAAAAUGGCUGAAUGCAGAACGAGCUAAUCUCAGGAACUUCUUGUCCAAAUUAAAAUUAUUUUUGUGUUGUAUAUAUUUAUGCCAUCAAAAACAUAACUUGUAAAAAAAAACAAGUCUCGCUUAAGGAACCUUCUGUCUUAAAUUAUUACGAAAUUACGCACAAUAGUCCAAUAAUUAGGACUAAGUGCGGAAACCGCCCUGAAAACUAACUAACUAACCAGCUCACCUAACAACAUCUUAUGCUGACAAAGGCAAUAGCACUCAACAAUCUAAUUUAAUAUAAUAUGUAAGAUACAUUAUGUUUUUAUGCGAUUGCCAAGUCAAUUUAUUUAUUUGAAACAUACAAGAUGAUAAAAUUACGGAUACCUAUCUUGUGUCAAAUACUGUACUUCCAUUUAAUCGAAUUUCAAGUCACAACGAUACUAAAGAAGUUUUUAAUUCAAAAAAAAAUGUGGCGAUAAGCCACAAGUGGCAUGGCUAACGCAUAAUCGUAUUCUUCUCUGUAGAUGCAAAGGAAACCCACAGCGCUCAGGGCUAAGAAGAUCUUGGAAGAGGUACACCCGCUGCACAUCAUUGCAGAGGUGCAGAAGCGGCCGGGGCUGUACUCACGCGAGUGCCCGGAGAGUGCGUCGCCGCACCACCGCACCCAGCUGUGGUCCGAAGUCGCUAGGGUGGUCCUGCCCGGCUGGCACACCUACUCCAAGUUACAAAAGCAGACCAAACUUUCAGAUCUGAUAAAGAAAUGGCGUAACCUGCGCGACACUUUCAAGCGUCAGCUGGAGGUGGAGAAGAAAAUCAAGGAGGGGCACGACAUCAAGAAGAAGACGUACGUGUACUACAAGCACAUGUCGUUCUUGCUUCCGCACCUGAGCAGCAACGAUGAGGAGUCGACGCCGAGCAAAGCUUUAGAUAACGCGCGGAAACGCCAUGUUACGGCAACCUCCACGCUUUCUCCCGCUGUAGAUGAUAUAGACGAAGAUCGCCACUUCCUAAUGUCGUUGAUACCAUCCUUUCGCCGCAUGACUGACGACGAGAAGCUCACUGCCAAGAUGGAGAUCCUGAAGGUGAUCCGCAACGUGCGCGACCUUCACGCGACCACCACCGCGGCCGACGCGCUCGCAGUCAUCGCCGACGACGACGUCAAGCAAGAGAUAAUCCUCGAUUUAGACAUAGACGAGCCCGCCUACCAAGUCGCCGAUAUCGAAGAUGCUUCAAACGAUGAGCUAGAAUGAACGCCCACCACUGUACAACUCGGAAAAUGAGACAGGAAUAUGGUAAAGAUAUUCACUAAUAUCCUUCUACAGGAAUCUUCUAGCGAAUCAAGAGAGCAAAGUUGAUCUCUAAGAAAUUGCGACUGUUUUGGAAGUCGCGAUUGCAGAAAUGAAUACGAAUGCAAAAAAAGAAGUACUUGAUAUGAUUCCAACAUUAUAUUUUAUUUUAUGUUUAUAUGAUUAAAUAUAUACUGAUCUAGCAAUAGCGAUGCUUACUACAUUUACGGUAACGUCGUUCUAAAAUUUGCCACCACUACAAUGAAAUACAAAGUCAGCGAGUCGUAAACUAGUACCGCCGCGAGUGUGGCGAACACGAAUACCAUAUCCGCAUCGGACAGCGCCGCCACUAAAGCGAAGACGAGGGCGCACGCGGUGAAGACGAGCAGGUAGACGAGCAUGAACCAUACGUAGAGCUGGCAGAGGGCCUCGCUGCGGAACACGGUCGCAAGGAGGAGCAGGAGAUGCACGGCGCAGAGCAGGACACCGAAUAUGAAACAUGCGUGCCUCGCGGGGCCGGAUACGGCAGCGGUUACGUUUAGCUCGUGCGCAGCGGCAGCGCCGGCGCCCGCGUACAGGCACAGCAUCGCGACGGCGACCAGCGCGCCCAGCGCCGCGAUGCAGCCGCACCCCACCCGCAGCGGGACGCGCCCGCAGCACCCGUACACCACCGGACACAACUCCAAACUAAACCCCAUCCUUAAUCAGGUUCAACUGAUUCUACGUAUACCCUUUACGUCUACACUUCGGUUGAGAAGAUGACUACUUCGCAAGUUUUGAGUUUGAAAAAUAAAGGCUUUUCACGG